AUGGGCCCCCCGGGCAAUAGGGGAUCAUGGGGCCCCUGUGUCCUUGCCCAAACUCAAAAAAGCCUAUGAAAAAGGUACCAGGGGCAUCUUAUGGGGCCCCCUACUGACCCCAGGCCCUCGGGCAAACGCAAGAGAAGCUACCUAAUUACCCAUGGUGAUGUGGCAAAGAACUUGGCACAACGCCAGAGGCGGACUGACAACUCAUGGGGCCCCCGGGCAAUAGGGGAUCAUGGGGCCCUUGUGUCCUUGCCCAAACUCAAAAAAGCCUAUGAAAAAGGUACCAGGGGUAUCUCAUGGAGCCCCCUACUGACCCCGGGCCCUCGGGCAGUGCACGAGUUUCCAAAUGGUCAGUCCGCCCCUGGACCCAGGCAAUUUGAG